GGUACGUCCCGAGCAGUUGGCCUCGGCCAAAUUGACAAGCCAGGAAGUGAAGGGCGGUGGUUGUGAGAAGAGCUACGCCGUUGAGUUUAGUUGACACCGAUUUUCUUCUUGUCAGGGAUCCAAAGCAUCAAGAUGGCGAGCAAACGGGCAAAGGGAAAGACCACCAAGAAGCGCCCCCAGCGCGCCACCUCCAAUGUCUUCGCCAUGUUCGACCAGUCGCAGAUCCAGGAGUUCAAGGAGGCCUUCAACAUGAUCGACCAGAAUCGUGAUGGCUUCGUGGACAAGGAGGACCUCCACGACAUGCUCGCCUCACUUGGGAAGAAUCCCGCGGACGACUACCUGGAGGCCAUGAUGACCGAGGCUCCCGGCCCCAUCAACUUCACCAUGUUCCUCACCAUGUUUGGAGAAAAGCUCAACGGCACCGACCCUGAGGACGUCAUCAGGAACGCCUUUGCCUGCUUCGAUGAAGAAGGAACAGGUUUCAUCCCGGAAGAUUACCUCAGGGAGCUGCUCACGACGAUGGGCGACCGCUUCACGGACGACGAGGUGGACGAGCUGUUUCGCGAGGCGCCCAUCGACAAGAAGAGCAACUUCAACUAUGUGGAGUUUACGCGCAUCCUCAAGCACGGUGCCAGGGAUAAGGAUGAUUAAAGCCAAAGCAAAACAAAGCCAGCGGAUUCUUCUUCCACUUUGUGUCAGUUAUGACCGCUGUACUGCCAAUCUCAACUCUUCUGUAAUAAACCAUGUCAUGUCAAGCACGCCGAAGCAAUAAUUCUCUGCUGUGUCGGAUGUGCCAUUGGGUUGGAGCUGACUUGUUUUUGCAUUUUAUAGUAUAAAGUUUUCAAAUAAAGCUUUCUAUAUGUUG